AUGGAUCCCGAGCUUAGAAGAUUAUCAUCUGAGAAUCAUCAAUUGUUGCAAUCUAAACGCCGCCGACUAUACCUAAGCUAUAGGCCCAUUCAGAUCCCCAGGAAUGGCUUGGAACGUGUUUUUGAAAGGUUAAAUACAUUUGACUUCUUCAUGACUGGUGUUAUCCAAGACAACCAUGCGCAGUCUCGUACCCUUAGUAGGCUGAUUUUUGGAGACCAAAGCCAUUAUGAUGUUAUCGACACUUGCAUCUUGACCCAGAUCGAACAUAACAGGCAUCUUUAUGGUCAAUCUAUUGCAUUGGCUUGGCAUACAUUCGCGAGAUAUUGUAACAUGCUGAGGGGUGGUUAUCAUGGGGACGAUAUCUGUCUUAAGGCGGCAUGUGAUCUCUUCCAAGUUACUUUGAGGGCAGUGACAGAUUCAGUUUCACCGCAGGCUAUUUUAAAAGAGAUAUCGCCAUUCAGCACGAAUGGGCUUAUCGAGUCAAGGAAAACAUUAACGUGCAUUUGUGCAAGGAAUUUUAUUAACCCGCUCGUUCCAAGGGCAGGAUGUGAGAUUAUUAAUUUUGAGACGGAACUAAGAUGGAUCCGUCAAAAUGUGAAUCGCCCUCAGAUCAUAUUACAGAUCUGUUCUAGACUGUUUCCUGCUUCACCUCUCUUGCCACAUGAUCAAUUUUCUAGGCAAGGUCGGAGGUUGACAGAAUUUGGGCGUGUAGCAAUUACCAUGUUAGGAGAUGGUAAUUGCCUGUUCAGAUGUAUGAGCUAUCUGGUCUACUACACUCAGAUGUUGCAUCUUGAAAUUCGACAAAUGAUAGUAGCUCAGAUGGGGACCUCUCCAACUCGUUAUUAUCCGCUGUGUUUACUCAGGACAGGAGAGAAUUUCGCGGCAUAUCUAGACCGUAUGUCCCAUGAAUUUCAAUGGGGCGAUAACGGUUGUAUACAGGCGACCGCUGACUUGGUAGGUUUCCUUUCUUUUUUUUUUGAAUAGGAGAUGAAACUUUCGUUACUACUAAAAACAUACAACACCCUUUGAACUUCAAAGCCCCUGUACUAUUGACUUUUUCUCUUAUACAUGGAACGACACCCACUUUUUGUAUUGGAUAGAGCACAACUUUGACUGCAUCAUUACCCAUAAAUAGCUUUAGUUCUUUAGUUUUUUGAUUA